AUGAAAGGAGAUUCUACAGUAGUUACUUACACCGGCAGGAAGCUUGUUGCCUACCAGAACGUGAUGCAAUGUGAGGAACAGUUCGGGGUCGCUCUGGUGUACGGGACGGCCUACUACCUGAGGGGCAGCCUGGACAGUGAGGGUUACCUCGCCUGGGUGGAGGCCAACGCCCUGGCCGGCUACUGGCUCGAGCAGACCCUCACCCUCUCCCCGAACAUUGAGCGUCGCCUCAGUAAUAAAGGUUUCCUCACUGACCUGGCCAAGAGAAUUUCCGACAGAAAAGAUAUCAUCGGCAACAUGAAGCGAGAGGGAUCGGUGACCAUGGCCGACAUCUAUAUGCAAGACAGCGUCGCCUUCGUCGACUCCAUCAGAGAAGUAGAGGAUUCACUCGUCAGCGAUAUUAGGGAAGCCAUCAAUGGGGAGCUGGAGAUGGCUGACCGACAGUACACGCUGGCGCUGGUCGUCCUCCUGUUGGUGUUGCUCAUCUCUCCCAUCAUCAUCAUGCUGGUCAGGAAAGCCACCAGCCUCAUACACGUGAGUCAACAACGAGAAGGUGAGACUGUCUGGACGCGUAAGAAGAAACUACUACUAGGCCUAUUGGAUAAACUUUUAUAUUUUUUCCAGGAGUAUGCCUACAAUUUACUAAUUAAAUCCUCCGAAGUGAAGAAAGAGAAACGAAAAAGUGACAACCUUCUGUAUCAGUUAUUGCCACGCACUGUCGCCCACUACCUGAAGCAGUCUAAGCAGGUGCCAGCUGAAUUCUUUGAGUGUGUAACCAUCUACCUCAGUGAUAUUGUUGGCUUCACACGUAUCUCAUCGGAGAGUAGUCCAUUACAGGUGGUGACGCUUCUCAAUACACUCUACAAGCAGUUUGACGCCAGCAUCGAGAAGUAUGACGUUUACAAGAUGGAGACAAUUGGUGAUGCUUACAUGGUGGUCUCUGGACUACCCAAUAGGAAUGGAGAGCGUCAUGCCUCGGAGAUCGCAGAUAUGGCCCUCACGCUCCUGGAGUUGGUGUCGCAGUUUGAAAUCGGACACAAGAAGGGUGAGCUGCUGAAGGUUCGCAUUGGCAUCCACUCCGGCACUUGCGUCGCUGGUGUUGUGGGUAUCAUGAUGCCUCGGUACUGUAUGUUUGGCAAGACCGUCACCACAGCACACUUCAUGGAGAGCUCCGGGGAACCUAUGAAGAUUCACGUAAGCGAGACGACGCAGAAGAUUCUAGCAACGACGGGUCGCUACCGCCUGCCGUUCCACCGUCGCCUGCAGGUGGUGAGCAAGUACAGAGUCAACACCGUCGAGGUCAGUCAUCCUUUUGGCUAAUUCCUGUGUGUUAACUCUCCCAGGUAGUUGUGUUUUUAGAAGGGAUUAUUUUCAUAUCUCUCUCUCUCUAGCUGUGUGUCACCAGAUGGUACAGGAAAUGAGUAAUCAUAUGAUCCUUAAUUUAUUACUUGACUGAGUGGAUUAUCAUGUGUUAUAUGUAGUGAUGAUGGAUGGUGUUAUAUGUA